GUGUGUGUGUGUGAGAGAGAGAGAGACCCAUCCCAACGAGAAGAGUCACUUCUGAAAUAAACCCGAGGAGGAGCUCAGGAACAUCAUUAGAGGUGAUCACACUGGAAGAAAGACAGUCAGACACCGCACUCGCCGUCUGGACGAUGACGAUCACUCUUCCUCUGUGCUGAUCUUUACACUUUAUCAGGAGAUGAGUUCUGCUCUCAUUCAUGACAAACUCUUCAUCAAGUCCUUCUGGGAGCAAAAGAUCAACAGUCACAAUCACAUGACCGAAACUGAAGAAGAGAGGAUGAAGAGGAGCGCUCUCACCAAGCUGCGUGACGAGUGGAUCAGCAGACUGGAGCUCCGGACCAAACAUCUGAAGAAUUUUGGCGACAAUCGCGGGGGAAAUCCAGCCCUGAACUAACAAACCCAUCUAACUGUGACACACAGAUGAGUGCAGCUCAAUAAACACACAGUCACUGAC